GCAAAUAAUAAUCCGUCGGCGUUUGUUUAGGAGCGUUGCAUCCGAUCGGUUUUCGCCGGGAACCGCCGAUGAGCCUUGACCCCCCCCCUCCCCAUCUUGGUUCCUAGGAGGCGAUGACGGGUUCCGCCCACGGUCUGCAAUCGAGCCAGCAGCGAGCAAGAUCUCUCGGCGGCCGGAUCCAUGGCAGCGGGAACGGAGUGGGAGCUCUCGCCCCUCGAGGGGAUCGAGGGAGCCGAGACUCCCAAGAUCGUCGAGUGGGAGGACCUCCAGGAGGAGCUCGCCCGCCUCUGGAGCCUCUCCGCGGCGCUCAAGAAGGCUGAGGAGCGGAAAGAGUCUCUCGCUCAGAAGCUGGAGUCGAUCAUAGAGGCUAGGAGAGAAUCACUACGUCUGACUAAUGAGUUGAAGGAGAUGAGACAAAAGCUGGAGGUCCAGAAGGUUGCAAUAGCAAAUCUGUCAAUCCACACGGUGAAGACAUCAGAAGAUGUCAAGAAUCGAAGAGCACAGCUUUGUUUUGCCAUCAGAAUGUUGUUGGUAUCUGGAAAGACUCUCUCCGCAGCCCACCAGCAACUGCAGGAAGCUAAUAAAUUACUAUCUGGGAAAAGGGUUCAUUGGCAUCUCAGAAACCUGCAAAAGAUGUUAAGGACAAGGCAACAAUAUAUGGUUUCCCAAGUUGCUACCCUCUAUCCCAUGAAGGGCCUGGAACAGACAUGCAAGGAGAAGCAGGGUUCAGAUAACAAAUCAAGAGAUUCUACUGCAUCAUGCUCCCUAAAUGUAUCUAAAGCUCCACAAUUAUCACCUUUGACAAUUUUAGGUCUGCAGCUAACUGCACUCCCGUUAAAAAGGAUGGGCUUUUUCAGUGACAAGAAGGAAAUUCAGAGGUCUGCAACAGUUCUUGGUUAUGUUGCACAUGCUGUUUUGCUUAUUGCAUCUUACCUUGAUGUUCCUUUACGAUAUCCUUUGCGGUUGGGAGGCUCAUGUUCAUAUAUUCAUGACUAUGCUCCUUCAAUUGAAUCUUUGUCAUCCGAUUUGUCAGCAAAUCCAAUUAUUACGGGCAUGAGUAUGAAGCCUCCAGAAUUUCCCCUGUUUCUGGAAGGCCAGGAUACUACAAGAGCCGCUUAUGCUAUAUUUUUGUUGAAUAAGGAUUUAGAGCAGCUUUUAAACGACGUUGGAGCUGAAAGUCUGGGACCGAGGCAUGUAUUAGCUAAUCUGAAGGAGCUUAUGAGGAUCAUCCAAUCCCAGCAAUACAUCGAUAUCUAAAUUGUAUCAAACAUUUGAAGCAGCAAAUAGACUUUGCUUAUAACUCAAAGCACCGGUGCAAGUUUUUAUCAAGCACCUUUGGCACAAACCAACACAAGGUCCUUGUUUUUAUAUAUUACAUUAUUUUGAUGUAAUGUAUCGUUUCAUUCUACAACAAUGAGAAGCGAUAUUUCUAAUGCAAGAUUGCUGCCAACAGAUGUUACUUCUAUAA